AUGAAGGAAGCCGAGGAGCAAGCAGUUAAGAGGGCCGAAGAAAAGGCUGCUGCUGCCGCUAUUGCCAGAGCUGAAGCUCGAGCUGCUCGUGACAUUGCGGAAGCAAAAACUGCCCACGCAUUAAGUGCCCCCGCUGCAGACAAGGUCGACCUUUCGCUGUUGUGGGCCGCCAGGAAUGGAAGCGAGGCCAUGGUCAAGAUGCUCCUCGACACGGGCAAGGUCGACGUUGAUGCGAAAGAUUACAUUGGCCGGACGCCGCUGUCGUGGGCCGCUGAGAAUGGACACGAGGCCGUGGUCAAGAUGCUCGUCGACACGGACAAGGUCGACGUUGAUGCGAAAGACAAGGGCGGCCAGACGCCGCUGUCGUUGGCCGCCAGGAAUGGACACGAGGCCAUGGUCAAGAUGCUCCUCGACACGGGCAAGGUCGACGUUGAUGCGAAAGAUUACAUUGGCCGGACGCCGCUGUCGUUGGCCGCCAGGAAUGGACACGAGGCCGUGGUCAAGAUGCUCGUCGACACGGACAAGGUCGACGUUGAUGCGAAAGACAAGGGCGGCCAGACGCCGCUGUCGUUGGCCGCUGAGAAUGGACGCGAGGCCGUGGUCAAGAUGCUCGUCGACACGGGCAAGGUCGACUUUGAUGCGAAAGAUUACAUUGGCCAGAUGCCGCUGUCGUUGGCCGCCAGGAAUGGACACGAGGCCGUGGUCAAGAUGCUCGUCGACACGGGCAAGGUCGACCUUGACGCAAAAGACGAGACCGGCCAGACGUAUUAA